AUGGCAUCUGCCUCGGCUUUAAACCCGAAAUCCAACUACCAUAUUCGGUCGAUCAGCCUACCUUCGAAACCACACCCUCUAUUUCAGCAAUGUGAAGAUCAUUUGUUGAGAAUAGCAGCUUCUGAUGCCUCCUCUUCAUCCUCAUAUUCGUCAUCUUCCAUAAGCCAGAAAUUGAGUGGCCUCUUGGAUUUGCAUAACUGUCUCCAUGAGUUGUUUCAGUUGCCUCUCACCCAAGAAGCCUUUGUCCGGGAGCGAAAUGAGAAGUGGGUGGAUGAGCUUUUGGAUGGCUCUCUUAGGCUCUUGGAUGUAUGUACAGCAGCCAAGGAUGCCUUGAUACACACAAAGGAGUGCGCACGCGAAAUCCAGUCAAUCAUGCGCAGAAGAAGGGGAGGCAAAAGCGGGUUCACAAAUGAGGUUAGGAAAUACUUAGCCUCAAGGAAGGUGGUCAAGAAGGCAGUCUGCAAGGCCCUGGGGACUUUAAGAAGUUCUCAGAAAAAAUCCACCUUCUCAUCCACCAACAAAGACAAUGUAACUGUGGCUUUGAUUGGUGUGCUGAGAGAGGUUGAAGCUGUCUCUCUCACAGUGUUUGAGUCCCUUUUGUCCUUCAUCUCUGGAGCAAAGUCAGCAUCAAAGAUGAGAGGCUGGUCUUUUGUUUCCAAGCUGAUGCUCACCAAAAAAGUUGGUUGUGAGGAAGACAAAACAGAAAUAAAUGAAUUUGCUGAUGUAGAUGCUGCAUUGAGCUCCCUUGUGUGUCAAGAAACAAGCAACUCUGACGGCAUCGUCGACUGUGAGAACGUGCAGAGUGAGCUGCAACAAUUGGAAAUGUGCAGUCAGGAUCUAGAAGAAGGGCUCGAGUGUCUUUUCCGGCGUUUAAUCAAGAAUAGAGUUUCCCUCCUCAACACCCUGAGCAACUAA